AUGGAGGCAUAUUCCACCAAAUUCCACCCAAGCCUGACAGACAUGAGGGAGCCAAGUCUGAUCCUCGUGGACAAUCUCUCCUUCGACCAGUCUUCAGCGGAACAGAACCUUCUCAUUGUGUAUUCAGACGGUCGGGUACAACUGAUGAAGAACACGUUUUUUCAGAGUUACUGCCCUUUGGAUAUGUCGGACUUUCCCUUUGAUGAACAAGUGUGUACAUUCGAGUUCAUCACAUCGAACUACUGCAGCCAUGAAGUCAAUCUGACCUUUGAUGAAGACUACAUCGCUACUCUUCCAGAAAAAUACAGACACGGAGAAUGGAUACUGUGUGAUGCUAAGUACAUUCGCUUGCUUGAAAAUGAUGUUACAGAGCAACGUGAUGAAAUAAAUUUCAUAUUGAAGCUUCAGAGGAGGUCUUUGUUUUACGUUCUCAACGUUGUGUCUCCCAUUGUCCUCAUCUCCAUCCUGAACGUCCCCGUGUUCACUGUUCCACCAGCCUCUUGUCCCUAG